CCCUUCCCCAGGCCCGGGAGCGCGCGCGGGCACUGCAGCGGCUGCGGUCGGCGGCCGGCUCGCCCCAGGCGAGAGCGCCAGCACGAGACCACGAGAGAGCGCCCGCAGGAGCGGUGGGUCGCCGGCUGAGGCAAGGAAAAGGAAGAGACUAAAACCAGGGGCCUGCAGAGUAUGGCUUCACAUCAGAACUCCAAUUUGGAGGUUUUAGGAGCUAUCAGAAUGAUGGAAGUAUGAUGUGAUGGAUAUAAUUAUGGGACACUGUGUGGGGACACGACCUCCUUCUUCUUGCCUCAUCCUCCUGCUUCUUAAGCUGUUGGCCACUGUCUCCCAGGGACUGCCAGGGACAGGGCCCCUGGGCUUUCACUUCACACAUUCCAUUUAUAAUGCUACAGUCUAUGAAAAUUCUGCAGCAAGGACCUACGUCAACAGCCAGAGCAGAAUGGGCAUCACCUUAAUAGAUUUGUCCUGGGAUAUCAAAUACAGAAUAGUGUCUGGAGAUGAGGAAGGCUUUUUCAAAGCAGAAGAAGUCAUCAUUGCAGAUUUCUGUUUUCUCAGAAUAAGAACUAAGGGUGGAAAUUCUGCCAUUUUGAAUAGGGAAAUUCAGGACAAUUAUUUAUUGAUAGUAAAAGGUUCUGUUAGAGGAGAAGAUUUGGAAGCAUGGACCAAAGUGAAUAUCCAGGUUUUAGAUAUGAAUGAUCUGAGGCCUCUGUUUUCACCCACAACGUAUUCUGUUACAAUAGCAGAAAGCACACCUCUAAGGACUAGUGUCGCUCAGGUGACAGCAACUGAUGCUGAUAUUGGUUCUAAUGGAGAAUUCUAUUAUUAUUUUAAAAACAAAGUUGAUCUCUUUUCAGUUCACCCAACAAGUGGUGUCAUCUCUCUAAGUGGACGAUUAAAUUAUGAUGAAAAGAACAGGUAUGAUUUGGAAAUUUUAGCUGUGGACCGAGGAAUGAAACUCUAUGGCAACAACGGAGUGAGCAGCACUGCAAAACUUUACGUUCACAUUGAACGUGUAAAUGAACAUGCCCCGGUGAUUCAGGUAGUCACUCACGUUCCUUUUUCAUUGGACAAAGAGCCGACGUAUGCAGUGGUGACAGUUGAUGACCUAGAUGAGGGGGCCAAUGGAGAGAUCGAAUCCGUUUCCAUUGUGGCUGGAGAUCCUUUAGAUCAGUUCUUCCUGGCUAAGGAAGGGAAGUGGAUGAAUGAAUAUAAGAUCAAAGAGAGGAAACAAGUUGACUGGGCAAGCUUUCCCUAUGGCUACAAUCUCACUCUUCAAGCGAAAGACAAAGGGUCACCUCAAAAGUUUUCGGCACUAAAGACAGCCCACAUUUCCAACCCUAAAAGAAACAGUGUCCCAGUUCAAUUUGAAAAAGAAGUAUACAAUGUUAACAUAAGUGAGUUUUCCCCUCCCGGUGUGGUGGUUGCUAUAAUAAAAUUAAGUCCUGAACCUCUGGAUGUGGAAUACAAGUUAUCUCCUGGUGAAGAUGCAGGGUACUUCAAAAUCAAUCCCCGGACAGGUUUGAUUGUCACAGCACAGCCACUGAAUACCAUUAAGAAGGAGGUUUAUAAACUGGAGGUGACAAAUAAGGAAGGUAAUAUAAAAGCACAAGUAAUCAUUGGCAUAGACGAUGCAAAUGAUCACACCCCAGAAUUCCAGCAGAGCCUGUAUGACACUUUUGUGAAUGAAAGUGUUCCAGUAGGAACAAGCAUUCUGUCAGUUUCAGCUUCUGAUAAGGAUAAAGGAGAAAAUGGGUACAUCACUUACAGUAUUGCCAGCCUGAAUUUAUUACCAUUUGCUAUUAACCAGUUUACAGGAGUAAUUAGCACAACUGAAGAAUUAGAUUUUGAAUCUUCUCCAGAAACUUACAGAUUCAUCGUCAGAGCAUCUGACUGGGGUUCGCCAUACCGCCAUGAAAGUGAGGUAAACGUGACUAUCCGAAUAGGAAAUGUCAAUGACAACAGCCCUCUCUUUGAAAAAGUAGCUUGUCAGGGAGUAAUUUCAUAUGAUUUUCCAGUCGGUGGUCACAUCACAGCUGUGUCAGCAAUUGAUAUUGAUGAACUUGAACUUGUAAAGUACAAGAUCAUUUCUGGAAAUGAGCUUGGUUUCUUUUAUUUAAACCCAGACUCUGGUGUUUUACAGCUUAAAAAGUCACUGAUGAAUCCCGGCAUUAAAAAUGGUAAUUUCGCACUGAGAAUUACAGCAACUGAUGGAGAGAAUUUUGCAGACCCUAUGGCCAUUAACAUUUCAGUCCUCCAUGGGAAGGUGUCUUCAAAGAGCUUCAGUUGCAGAGAAACUCGUGUGGCUCAGAAACUGGCAGAAAAACUACUUAUUAAGGCAAAAGCAAAUGGGAAACUGAAUCUGGAAGAUGGGUUUCUUGACUUUUAUUCAGUUAAUAGGCAAGGACCACAUUUUGACAAGUCUUUUCCUUCUGAUAUGGCUGUGAAGGAGAAUCUGCCAGUUGGUGCUAACAUCUUGAAGAUUAAAGCCUAUGAUGCUGACUCUGGCUUUAAUGGAAAGGUGCUAUUUACAAUAUCUGAUGGAAAUACUGACAGUUGCUUUAAUAUUGAUAUGGAGACUGGGCAACUUAAAGUACUUAUGCCCAUGGAUCGAGAGCACACAGAUCUCUAUCUCCUUAAUAUCACCAUCUAUGACUUGGGUAAUCCACAGAAAUCUUCAUGGAGAUUGCUAACCAUCAAUAUAGAGGAUGCUAAUGAUAACAGCCCUAUUUUUCUUCAAGAUAGUUACUCUGUUAACAUUCUUGAAAGUUCAAGUAUUGGUACUGAGAUUAUUCAAGUGGAAGCCAGAGACAAAGACCUGGGUUCCAACGGUGAAGUAACUUACUCAGUCCUGACAGAUACACAAGAGUUUGCCAUCAAUAGUUCAACUGGUGUCAUUUAUGUGGCAGACCAAUUGGAUCGGGAAUCCAAAGCAAACUAUUCCCUCAAAAUAGAAGCCAGAGACAAGGCAGAAAAUGGUCAGCAGCUGUUUUCAGUUGUCACCCUUAAGGUUUUUCUGGAUGAUGUAAAUGACUGCUCUCCAGCUUUCAUUCCAAGUAGCUAUAGUGUGAAGGUUCUUGAAGACCUCCCUGUUGGCACUGUCAUUGCUUGGUUGGAAACUCAUGAUCCAGAUCUCGGACUGGGGGGUCAAGUACGUUAUUCUUUGGUCAAUGAUUAUAAUGGGAGAUUCGAAAUAGACAAAGCAAGUGGUGCUAUCCGCUUGAGCAAAGAGCUUGACUAUGAAAAGCAACAGUUUUAUAAUCUCACAGUUCGGGCCAAAGACAAAGGACGACCUGUCUCUUUGUCAUCGGUUUCCUUUGUUGAGGUGGAAGUUGUGGAUGUCAAUGAAAACCUUCAUACUCCCUACUUUCCAGACUUUGCUGUUGUUGGAUCUGUAAAAGAAAACUCGCGUAUUGGAACAAGUGUCCUGCAGGUAACUGCACAGGAUGAAGACUCUGGGAGGGAUGGAGAAAUCCAGUACUCCAUCAGGGAUGGCAGUGGACUUGGAAGGUUCAAUAUAGAUGACGAGAGUGGGGUCAUCACUGCCGCAGACAUUCUUGAUCGAGAAACAACAGGGUCAUACUGGCUGACAGUGUAUGCCACAGACAGGGGCGUUGUUCCACUCUAUUCCACCCUUGAGGUCUACAUUGAAAUUGAAGAUGUGAAUGACAAUGCCCCUCUGACCUCGGAACCGAUUUAUUAUCCUGUUGUCAUGGAAAAUUCACCCAAGGAUGUAUCUGUCAUUCAGAUCCAAGCUGAAGACCCUGACUCUAGUUCCAAUGAAAAACUGACAUACAGGAUUACAAGUGGAAAUCCACAGAAUUUUUUUGCCAUCAAUAUCAAAACAGGUUUGAUUACCACAACCUCGAGGAAACUGGAUCGGGAACAGCAGGCAGAACAUUUUCUAGAGGUAACUGUGACAGAUGGUGGCUCUUCUCCAAAACAAUCGACCGUUUGGGUAGUGGUCCAGGUUCUGGAUGAAAACGACAAUAAGCCCCAGUUCCCUGAGAAGGUUUACCAGAUCAAGCUACCAGAACGUGAUCGAAAGAAGAGGGGCGAACCCAUUUACAGGGCUUUUGCAUUUGACAGAGAUGAGGGCCCCAACUCAGAAAUCUCCUACAGUAUCAUAGAUGGGAAUGAUGAUGGAAAGUUCUUUAUUGACCCCAAAACCGGCAUGGUUUCUUCCAGAAAGCAAUUUACAGCAGGGAGUUACGACAUCCUAACGAUAAAGGCCGUGGACAAUGGCCGCCCGCAGAAAUUCUCCACAGCUCGCCUCCACAUUGAAUGGAUUAAGAAACCACCCCCUUCACCUGUCCCACUGACCUUCGAUGAGCCGUUUUAUAACUUCACAGUAAUGGAAAGUGAUAGAGUGACCGAGAUUGUGGGGGUGGUAUCUGUGCAGCCAGCCAACACCCCUCUAUGGUUUGACAUAGUCGGUGGCAAGCAUGCUCGAGAGAUGUUCUAUAUUCUACAGACAGCUUGUGGGCAGAACUGUUCAACAGAAGGGGGGAAUUUUGACAGCUCUUUUGAUGCAGAGAAGGGUGUUGGUACAAUUGUCAUCGCAAAACCUUUGGAUGCAGAGCAGAGGUCUGUGUAUAACAUGACUGUGGAAGUCACCGAUGGGACAAAUGUUGCUGUCACUCAGGUAUUUAUCAAAGUGUUGGACAAUAAUGAUAAUGGCCCAGAAUUCUCUCAGCCAAAUUAUGAUGUGACAAUUUCUGAGGAUGUGCUUCCAGAUACAGAAAUACUGCAGAUUGAAGCCACAGAUAGAGAUGAGAAGCACAAGCUGAGCUACACUGUCCACAGCAGCAUCGAUUCUACCAGCAUGAGAAAAUUCCGGAUUGACCCGACCACUGGUGUGCUCUACACUGCUGAGAGACUGGAUCAUGAGGCCCAGGAUAAGCAUAUUCUCAACAUAAUGGUCAGAGAUCAGGAGUUUCCUUAUCGAAGAAACUUGGCCCGAGUCAUUGUGAAUGUGGAAGAUGCUAAUGAUCACAGUCCUUAUUUUACCAACCCACUGUAUGAAGCAUCUGUGUUUGAAUCGGCUGCUUUGGGAUCAGCUGUUCUGCAAGUGACGGCUCUGGACAAAGACAAAGGGGAAAAUGCAGAACUCAUAUAUACCAUAGAAGCAGGGAAUACUGGGACCACAUUUAAGAUCGAACCAGUCCUGGGCAUCAUCACUAUUUCCAAAGAACCAGACAUGACAACAAUGGGUCAGUUUGUUCUGUCAGUCAAAGUCACAGAUCAAGGUUCCCCACCAAUGUCAGCCACUGCAAUUGUGCGCAUUUCUGUCACCAUGUCUGAUAACUCUCACCCCAAGUUCACUCACCAAGACUACCAAGCUGAAGUAAACGAGAAUGUUGAUGUUGGAACAUCAGUCAUUUUGAUCUCUGCCAUCAGUCAAUCAACCCUCAUUUAUGAAGUUAAAGAUGGAAACACUGAUGCAAGCUUUACCAUCAAUCCAUAUUCUGGAGUCAUCACCACUAGAAGAGCUCUGGAUUAUGAACAUACUUCUUCUUACCAACUCAUCAUUCAGGCCACUAACAUGGCAGGGAUGGCUUCCAACGCCACAGUCAAUAUUCAAGUUGUUGAUGAAAAUGAUAAUGCUCCAGUCUUUCUCUUUUCUCAGUACUCAGGCAGUCUGAGUGAGGCAGCCCCAGUCAAUAGCAUUGUCAGGAGCUUGGAUAAUAGUCCACUGGUGAUUCGAGCCACCGAUGCUGACAGUAACCAGAAUGCACUGCUUGUGUAUCAGAUUGUAGAGUCCACAGCCAAGAAGUUUUUCACAGUGGACUCCAGUACAGGUGCAAUCAGAACAAUUGCGAACCUAGACCAUGAGACCAUUGCCCACUUCCAUUUUCAUGUGCAUGUGAGAGACAGUGGGAGCCCCCAGCUGACUGCAGACAGUCCUGUCGAAGUCAACAUUGAGGUGACAGAUGUGAAUGAUAACCCACCUGUUUUCACUCAAGCUGUGUUUGAGACUGUCUUACUCCUCCCUACCUAUGUUGGAGUGGAGGUUCUGAGAGUUAGUGCCACAGAUCCUGACUCUGAAGUGCCCCCUGAACUGACAUACAGCCUAAUGGAAGGCAGCUUGGAUAAUUUUUUAAUUGACUCAAAUAGUGGAGUACUCACUAUAAAAAACAACAACCUUUCCAAAGAUCAUUAUAUGCUGAUAGUUAAAGUGUCUGAUGGGAAGUUCUACAGCACAUCCAUGGUCACCAUCAUGGUUAAAGAAGCCAUGGACAGUGGCCUCCACUUUACACAAAGCUUUUAUUCCACCUCAAUCUUAGAGAACAACACUAACAUAACCAAAGUUGCUAUUGUCAAUGCAGUUGGAAAUCGCCUUAAUGAGCCCUUAAAAUAUAGCAUUUUAAACCCAGGAAACAAAUUCAAUAUAAAAUCUACCUCAGGAGUCAUUCAGACCACUGGAGUUCCCUUUGACCGUGAAGAGCAAGAAUUAUAUGAGUUGGUCGUGGAAACAAGUCGUGAGCUAGACCAUCUACGUGUGGCUAGGGUGGUGGUCAGGGUUAACAUUGAAGACAUAAAUGACAAUUCUCCAGUCUUUGUGGGCCUCCCUUACUAUGCUGCUGUGCAAGUUGAUGCUGAGCCUGGGACUCUGAUAUACCGGGUGACAGCCAUUGACAGAGAUAAAGGUGCAAAUGGAGAAGUGACCUAUGUCCUUCAGGAUGAUUAUGGCCACUUUGAAAUUAACCCUAAUUCAGGGAAUGUUAUUUUAAAAGAAGCAUUCAACUCUGACUUGUCCAAUAUUGAGUAUGAAGUCACUGUUGUAGCCAAAGAUGGUGGAAAGCCCUCUUUGUCCACAUCUGUGGAACUUCCCAUCACUAUUGUCAACAAAGCAAUGCCAGUGUUCGAUAAGCCAUUUUAUACAGCAUCCAUCAAUGAAGACAUUAGAAUGGACACUGCUAUUCUAAGCAUUAAUGCAACCAGCCCAGAAGGUCAAGGCAUCAUAUAUAUUAUUAUUGAUGGGGAUCCUUUUCAGCAGUUUAACAUUGAUUUUGAUACUGGAGUCCUGAAAGUUGUUAGUCCUUUAGAUUAUGAAGUUACCUCUAUUUACAAAUUAACAGUGAGGGCCAGUGAUACCCUUACUGGUGCUAGGGCUGAAGUCACUGUUGACUUACUAGUUAAUGAUAUCAAUGACAACCCUCCUAUUUUUGAUCAACACACAUACAAUACAACAUUAUCAGAAGCAUCUCUCAUUGGCACACCUGUUUUGCAAGUUGUCUCCUCUGACAUAGACUCAGGAAACAAUAAAAUGGUUCAUUAUCAGAUUGUGCAGGAUACCUACAACAGCACAGAUUAUUUUCACAUAGACAGUUCAAGUGGCUUAAUCCUGACGGCAAGAAUGCUGGACCAUGAGUUAGUACAACACUGUACUUUGAAAGUCAGAGCAACUGAUAAUGGUUUUCCAUCACUGAGCAGUGAGGUUCUGGUUCAUAUCCACAUUUCUGACAUAAAUGACAACCCUCCGGUUUUUAAUCAACUCAUUUAUGAGUCAUAUGUAAGUGAAUUAGCCCCCCGGGGCCAUUUUGUAACCUGUGUGCAAGCCUCAGAUGCAGACAGCUCUGACUUUGACCGCUUAGAAUAUAGCAUUUUGUCUGGAAAUGACCGGACAAGCUUUCUGAUGGACAGCAAAAGUGGAGUCAUCACCCUGUCCAACCACCGAAAGCAGAGGAUGGAGCCUCUGUAUAGUCUCAAUGUGUCAGUUUCUGAUGGGUUAUUCACCAGCACGGCACAGGUACAUAUCAGGGUACUAGGGGCUAACUUGUACAGCCCUGCCUUUUCGCAAAGCACAUAUGUGGCUGAGGUGAGAGAGAAUGCAGCUGCUGGUACAAAGGUAAUUCAUAUUCGAGCCACAGAUGGGGACCCAGGAACAUAUGGUCAGAUCAGCUAUGCCAUUAUUAAUGAUUUUGCCAAGGAUCGAUUUCUCAUAGAUAGCAAUGGACAAGUCAUCACAACUGAACGGCUAGACCGGGAAAACCCUUUGGAAGGAGAUGUUAGUAUUUUCUUGAGGGCCCUCGACGGUGGAGGAAGAACAACUUUUUGCACAGUAAGAGUAAUCGUUGUGGAUGAAAAUGACAAUGCACCCCAGUUCCUGACAGUCGAAUAUAGAGCCAGUGUAAGGGCAGAUGUGGGAAGGGGCCACUUGGUCACUCAGGUUCAAGCAAUGGAUCCAGAUGAUGGAGCAAAUUCAAGGAUUACUUAUUCCCUCUAUAGUGAGGCCUCUGUCUCAGUGGCUGACCUCUUGGAAAUUGAUCCUGACAAUGGAUGGAUGGUUACAAAGGGCAAUUUUAACCAGCUGAAAAAUACAGUACUUUCAUUCUUUGUCAAAGCAGUCGAUGGGGGCAUUCCAGUAAAGCACUCCCUCAUUCCUGUCUACAUCCAUGUCUUGCCCCCUGAAACAUUUUUGCCUUCAUUCACUCAGUCUCAGUAUUCCUUUACCAUUGCAGAAGAUGCAUCCAUUGGAAGCACAGUGGACACCCUGAGGAUUUUACCCAGUCAGAAUGUCCGCUUCAGUACAGUUAAUGGGGAACGGCCAGAGAAUAACAAAGGGAAUGUUUUUAUCGUAGAACAGGAAACAGGCACUAUUAAACUUGACAAGCGCCUUGACCAUGAAAUUAGCCCAGUUUUCCACUUUAAAGUGGCAGCUACUAUCCCCCUGGACAAGGUAGACAUUGUGUUUACUGUGGACAUAGACAUCAAGGUAUUGGAUUUGAAUGACAACAAACCAGUCUUUGAAACUUCAAGCUACGAGACCAUCAUAAUGGAGGGGAUGCCUGUUGGCACCAAGCUCACACAGGUGAGAGCUACCGAUAUGGAUUGGGGAGCCAAUGGGCAGGUCACUUAUUCCCUCCACUCAGAUUCCCAUCCCGAAAAGGUAAUGGAAGCAUUCAAUAUUGACAGCAACACAGGCUGGAUCAGUACCUUGAAGGAUCUGGAUCACGAGACAGACCCUGCCUUCUCCUUCUCUGUGGUGGCCUCUGACCUGGGAGAGGCAUUCUCUCUUUCUUCUAUGGCUCUGGUCUCUGUCAAGGUGACGGAUAUAAAUGACAAUGCACCAGUAUUCGCCCACGAGGUAUAUCGAGGGAAUGUGAAGGAGAGUGAUCCUCCAGGAGAGGUGGUGGCUGUACUCAGCACAUGGGACAGAGAUACUUCUGAUGUUAAUCGCCAAGUGAGCUACCAUAUUACAGGAGGAAACCCCCGAGGAAGGUUUGCUCUGGGCCUGGUACAGAGUGAGUGGAAAGUCUAUGUGAAGAGGCCUCUAGACAGAGAAGAACAAGAUAUUUACUUCCUCAACAUCACUGCUACUGAUGGGCUCUUUGUCACACAGGCCAUGGUAGAAGUGACCGUCAGUGAUGUAAAUGACAAUAGUCCAGUGUGUGAUCAGGUGGCAUAUACAGCAUCAUUUCCUGAAGACAUUCCAUCUAAUAAAAUCAUCCUCAAGGUCGGUGCCAAUGAUGCUGAUAUUGGAUCUAGUGGAGACAUUCGGUACUCACUCUAUGGAUCUGGAAGCAAUGAAUUUUUUCUAGAUCCAGAAAGUGGUGAGUUAAAAACUUUGGCUUUAUUGGACCGAGAGAGGGUCCCAGUGUACAAUCUAAUCGCCAGGGCCACUGAUGGAGGUGGCAGAUUUUGCCAGUCUGAUAUCCGCCUGAUCCUAGAGGAUGUGAACGAUAACCCGCCUGUGUUUUCUUCUGACCACUACAAUGCCUGUGUCUAUGAGAACACUGCCACUAAGGCUCUGUUAACCAGAGUACAAGCUGUGGACCCUGAUGUAGGCAUCAACAGGAAGGUAGUGUACUCUCUGGCGACCUCAGCCAACGGCUUCUUCUCCAUUGACAGCACUUCUGGUAUCAUCAUCUUGGAGCAGCCACUGGACAGAGAACAGCAGUCUUCCUACAACAUCAGUGUGAGAGCCACUGACCAGAGUCCUGAACGAUCCCUGUCCUCUAUCGCCACUAUUACGAUCACUGUCCUGGACAUCAAUGAUAACCCACCUGUGUUUGAGAGGAGAGAUUACCUGGUAACAGUGCCUGAGGAUACCUCUCCUGGAACACAAGUUUUAGCUGUUUUUGCCACCAGCAAAGAUAUUGGUACGAAUGCUGAGAUUACAUAUCUUAUCCGCUCUGGAAAUGAACAGGGAAAAUUUAGGAUCAAUCCAAAGACAGGGGGUAUUUCUGUCUCUGAAGCCCUGGACUAUGAAUCAUGCAAAAGAUUUUACCUGGUUGUGGAAGCAAAAGAUGGGGGAACCCCUGCUCUCAGUGCUGCAGCCACCGUCAGCAUCAACCUCACAGAUGUGAAUGACAACCCUCCAAAGUUCAGCCAAGAUGUCUACAGCACUGUCAUCAGUGAAGAUGCCUUGGUGGGGGACUCUGUCAUUUUGCUAAUCGCAGAAGAUGUAGACAGUCAGCCUAAUGGACAGAUCCGUUUUUCCAUUGUGAGUGGAGAUCGAGACAAUGAAUUUGCUGUGGAUCCUGUCUUGGGACUUGUGAAAGUUAAGAAGAAAUUGGACCGAGAACGGGUGUCCGGAUACUCCCUGCUUGUCCAAGCAGUAGAUGGUGGAAUUCCUGCAAUGUCAUCAACUGCCACUGUCAACAUUGAUAUUUCUGAUGUGAAUGACAACAGCCCAGUGUUUACACCUGCCAACUAUACUGCUGUGAUUCAGGAGAAUAAGCCAGUGGGGACCAGCAUCUUGCAGCUGGUGGUGACAGACAGAGACUCCUUUCAUAAUGGUCCUCCCUUCUCAUUCUCAAUUUUGUCGGGAAAUGAAGAGGAGGAGUUUGUGUUGGAUUCUCAUGGGAUCCUGCGGUCAGCAGUGGUUUUCCAACACACAGAUUCUCCAGAAUAUGUGCUGUGUGUCCAGGCAAAGGAUUCAGGAAAACCACAGCAAGUUUCUCAUUCCUAUAUCCGUGUGAGGGUCAUUGAAGAAAGUAUCCACAAGCCCACAGCCAUCCCCCUGGAAAUCUUCAUUGUCACCAUGGAGGAUGAUUUUCCUGGUGGGGUUAUUGGAAAAAUCCAUGCCACAGAUCAAGAUAUGUAUGACGUGCUCACAUUUGCCCUGAAAUCAGAGCAGAAAAGUUUGUUCAAAGUCAACAGUCACGAUGGGAAAAUCAUUGCCCUGGGAGGCCUGGACAGUGGCAAAUAUGUCCUGAAUGUGUCUGUGAGUGAUGGCCGCUUCCAGGUGCCCAUCGAUGUGGUUGUGCAUGUGGAGCAACUGGUGCAUGAGAUGCUGCAGAACACUGUCACCAUCCGCUUUGAGAAUGUGUCCCCUGAGGAUUUCGUGGGUCUGCACAUGCAUGGCUUCCGGCGUACCUUGAGGAAUGCAGUCCUUACCCAGAAACAGGACAGCCUGCACAUCAUCAGCAUCCAGCCCGUGGCAGGCACCAACCAGCUGGACAUGCUAUUUGCUGUGGAGAUGCACAGCAGUGAGUUCUACAAGCCAGCCUACCUGAUCCAAAAGCUGUCCAGUGCCAGGCGGCACCUGGAGAAUGUCAUUCGCAUCGCAGCCAUCCUGGAGAAGAACUGCUCAGGGCUGGACUGUCAGGAGCAGCACUGUGAGCAAGGCUUGUCAUUGGAUUCCCAUGCACUCAUGACCUACAGCACAGCUCGCAUCAGUUUUGUGUGUCCACGUUUUUAUAGGAAUGUGCGUUGUACCUGUAAUGGAGGACUGUGCCCAGGGUCCAAUGAUCCUUGUGUGGAGAAGCCGUGCCCCGGGGACAUGCAGUGUGUCGGUUACGAAGCCAGUAGGAGACCAUUUCUCUGCCAGUGUCCACCAGGGAAGCUUGGAGAGUGUUCAGGACACACUUCUCUUAGCUUUGCUGGAAACAGUUAUAUCAAAUACCGUCUUUCUGAAAAUAGCAAAGAAGAAAACUUCAAACUAGCUCUCCGCCUGAGAACCCUGCAAAGCAACGGGAUUAUCAUGUACACCAGAGCAAAUCCCUGCAUCAUCCUGAAGAUUGUGGACGGCAAGCUGUGGUUCCAGCUGGACUGCGGCAGCGGCCCCGGAAUCUUGGGCAUCUCGGGCCGUAUGGUCAACGACGGGAGCUGGCACUCAGUCUUUCUGGAGCUCAAUCGCAAUUUCACCAGCCUGUCCCUGGACGACAGCUACGUGGAGCGGCGCAGGGCGCCCCUCUACUUCCAAACGCUGAGCACUGAGAGCAGCAUCUACUUCGGCGCCCUGGUGCAGGCGGAUAACAUCCGCAGCCUGACCGACACGCGGGUCACGCAGGUGCUCAGUGGCUUCCAGGGCUGCCUGGACUCCGUGGUGCUGAAUAACAACGAGCUGCCACUGCAGAACAAACGCAGCAGCUUUGCCGAGGUCGUGGGGCUGACAGAGCUGAAGCUGGGCUGCGUGCUCUACCCCGAUGCCUGCGAGCGCAGCCCCUGUCAGCAUGGAGGCAGCUGCUCAGGCCUGCCCUCAGGGGGCUAUCAAUGUACCUGUCUCUCACAGUUCACGGGGAGAAACUGUGAAUCCGAGAUCACAGCCUGCUUCCCAAACCCCUGCCGGAAUGGAGGCUCUUGUGACCCGAUAGGAAACACUUUCAUCUGCAGCUGUAAAGCUGGGCUCACUGGAGUCACGUGUGAGGAAGACGUCAACGAGUGCGAGAGGGAGGAGUGUGAAAACGGCGGCGCCUGCGUGAAUGUGUUCGGCUCUUUUCUGUGCAAUUGCACGCCGGGCUACGUGGGCCAGUACUGCGGGCUGCGCCCCGUGGUGGUGCCCAAUAUCCAGGCGGGCCACUCCUACGUGGGCAAGGAGGAACUCAUCGGCAUCGCCGUGGUCCUCUUCGUCAUCUUCAUCCUCAUCGUCCUCUUCAUCGUCUUCCGCAAGAAAGUCUUCCGCAAGAACUACUCCCGCAACAACAUCACGCUGGUGCAGGACCCGGCCACCGCUGCCCUGCUCCACAAGAGCAACGGGAUCCCCUUCCGCAACCUGCGCGGGGGCGACGGGCGCAACGUCUACCAGGAGGUGGGGCCCCCGCAGGUCCCCGUGCGGCCCAUGGCCUACACCCCCUGCUUCCAGAGCGACUCCAGGAGCAACCUGGAUAAGCUGGUGGACGGGCUGGGCGGCGAGCACCAGGAGAUGACCACCUUCCACCCCGAGUCCCCGCGCAUCCUGACUGCCCGGCGGGGCGUGGUGGUGUGCAGCGUGGCCCCCAACCUCCCUGCCGUGUCGCCCUGCCGCUCUGACUGCGACUCCAUCCGCAAGAACGGCUGGGAUGCAGGAACUGAGAACAAAGGGGUUGACGACCCAGGAGAAGUGACCUGUUUUUCAGGCAGUAAUAAAGGCAGCGCCUCUGAAGUUCAGUCCCUCAGCUCCUUCCAGUCGGACUCCGGUGAUGACAAUGCAUCCAUAGUGACUGUCAUUCAGCUUGUCAACAAUGUAGUUGACAACAUAGAGAAUGAAGUGUCUGUCAUGGAUCAAGGACAGAACUACAAUCGAGCCUAUCACUGGGACACCUCUGACUGGAUGCCGGGGGCACGCCUGUCAGACAUUGAGGAAGUGCCCAACUAUGAGAACCAGGAUGGAGGAUCUGCACACCAGGGCAGCACCCGGGAGCUGGAGAGUGAUUACUACCUGGGAGGCUACGACAUUGACAACGAAUACCCACCUCCUCACGAGGAAGAGUUCUUAAGUCAGGACCAGCUGCCCCCUCCCCUGCCUGAAGACUUCCCAGACCAAUACGAGGCCCUGCCACCCUCCCAGCCUGUCUCCCUGGCCAGCACACUGAGCCCAGACUGCAGGAGAAGGCCCCAGUUUCACCCUAGCCAGUACCUCCCUCCUCACCCCUUCCCCAUUGAAACGGAUUUGGUGGGGCCACCUGCGGGCUGUGAAUUUAGUACUUUUGCUGUGAGCAUGAACCAAAGCACAGAGGCAACAGGCCCAGCAGACAGCGUGUCUCUAUCCUUGCACAAUUCCAGAGGCACCUCGUCCUCAGAUGUGUCGGCCACCUGCGGCUUUGAAGACUCCGAAGUGGCCGUGAGUGACUAUGAGAGUGUGGCAGAGCUCAGCCUCGCCAGCCUUCACAUACCCUUCGUGGAAACCCAGCACCAGACCCAGGUGUAGAGGACACGCUGUGGGCUCUUUGCCCUGUGUAUCAUGGAAACGGAGGAAGGGAAUGAUUGGCUGGGCUUGUGUCUCGGUAGAGAAUAUUCUAUGGAAAUGUGAUAUUUUCCUCAAGGAACUUCUUCACAAGUUGCAGUAUUCUCAAGCAAGCUUGAUCCAAUUGGAUGAAGAGGAGAGGCUCAAAAAUUAUUUCUGAGGGGGACCAAUAACUCUUGCAGUAGGUACCUACAUUCAUGGCUAAGAAUUCCAAGAAGAGUGGGAAGUGAGUUCACUCACCACUUUAAACAACAGGUCUUGUAUGUCUUUGUGCAGUAUUGUGCCCUGAAAAGUGUGACAGCAUCGGCCCUUGCAGUAUUAAUAACCGGCAACAAUCAGGGAACUAUUGUUGCAUGUCAUUUUGAGCCAAUGAAAUGAACGUAGUAAAUGGAAAUAGUAGUAAUGGUUGUUGGAAAAGUUAGUGUCUUAGAUGAAUGAAAAGAGAAACAAAUAUCAAAUGGGCUAAAGCCUUUAAAAUCAAUUCUAUUUUUUUUAAUAAGCUGCCCAAUUUUCAGCUAUAAAAUUAGGUCUGAGUAACAUGUGUAGUAUACUGAGUUUUUUGUUUGUGUGAAGCAUCCAAUAUAAUAUAGUUGAGUUUUAUGAUCUUUGAGAACGUUAUCAGUGAAGAGCAAUAUGAGGCUGGUUUGGGGUUCCACCAUGUGGGCUGGCGAGGUUAAUGCUAUUCAGACAUUAGAAAAAAUGUGAUUAUCUGGUUUUACGUUUUCUGGUAAAUAUUUCUAGCCAUCACUAUAACUCUAAUUUGGCUACAUGAAUUGGCCUCUCUCAUUAUAUUGUUCUCUAUUUCAUUUUUAUCGGUACCGGGGACCGAACUCACGACCGCCUGCUUGCAAGGCAGGUGCUUAUGCCGCUGAGCUAAAUCCCCAGCCCCCAUUAUAUUGUUCUCUAGAACAAGAUUUAGAGGUUUAAGCAAGAUUCACAAAUUCAGGUUUAAAAGAAAAUGUGAUACUUUCAAAGUUUUCAGCCUGAAUAAAUGCAAUUCUUAAAAAUGCAGAUAAAAAGGCACGUGCUAUUCUAAAUUGGUAGUAUAAUCAUUAUAAAAUAAUUACAUUUUUAAAAAGGAAAUUAGACUAGUUAUUGUGUAUAAAUUAUAAUUGUACGUGCAUCUGGGCCUAUGUACAAAUAUGUGCUCGCACUCAGUACUCAGUGAGGCUGCUCUGGAGGAAAGCAAGCUUGAUGGUUUUAGGAAAUGGACUGAGCUCAAAAUCCUGCCAGUGAGCACGGCGUACCUUCCAAUUUCUCUGAUCUCAGUGAUGUUAGAAAAACACCAAACGCCAUACUUUACUCUAAUUCAAUUCCCUUAAUUUUGGUACUGCCAUUUGUAAACUUAAAGCAAAACUGUGCUUUUUAAAAACAGUAUUUUAUAAUUUUCCAGAACGAACCUCAAUUUUGAAGAUAUGAGUAUUUAAUUACAUCUUGGGGUUUUCCUCCCAUCUGACCUGUGGGCUUUCACUAUGUCUUUCCAAAACUGACAGAAGAAUUAUUCCAUUGGAGAUAUAAUAACCCAGUACUUAAAAGUUAAACAUGACAAGCUGAAUGACUUUCUUCUUUUGUUUCAAUCAGAUUAUGGCCACCCAUGCAGUGACCAUGGUAAAUAAAUUGCAUAUUUGCACUAUCUGCUUAAUGAGCAAAUUUCUAUGUUCAAAGUUCCUGAUGAUAUCUGGCAUUGGUGUGUAAAUUGUACUGUCAUGAGUUUACAUAUCAUCCAUUCAGAUGUGCUUUUAGUUUUUUUAGUUGUGAUUAAUCCAGUUUCCUCACUGUAGGAGUGUUUCUGAACAUUUGCCAUUUUAAAAAUAAUCUUUCAUUCCCAAAUGUUCUAAGUAGAUACAUUUCACAAGUUUUUCAGCCUUUCUUUUCCUUGUCUGUUGGUCAGACCUACUCAUGGAGACAUUAUCCACACUGUGGUCCUGAAAUAAAUGAAUUUCACUAAAGCUGCUUUUGAGAAUAAAGUCUUCGGUAUUUUUCUUAGGUAAGAAGCACAUUUUCAAGAAUCAUGGAGAAAACGACGAACUAAUGGGCUAGAAUUGAAUCACUGCUACAUUUUUAAUAAUGCAGUGACAAAACCCAUCAAAGUAAAAUCAACAAUUCAUUUCUUGCCCCCAGGAAAUACUAGAAGGAGAUUAGUGCGGAUGAGUCACUACUGCUUACACAGCAUCUCUUCGAGGGAGGAUGCCUGGCUGACACAGUAAUGAAGGCAGAAAUAGGUCCUAAUGCAGUUGUGAAAUCACCAAAGAAAAUGGUGCCCACCAUUUGCUCUGACUUAUGUAAAAUAUCUCUUUCUUCAAGAUAGUUUCCCUAUUUUUUUGCAGAAUACUUCUGCAACUAAAUAUAUGCAGACAAGCAUAUGUUACAUUUUGAUCCAUUAUCUUUAAACACAUGAUACCUCUUCAUCUUCUGGGAAAUUAAAUUUCCCUGUAGAUUACAAAAUGGGUUGCAGUGAAGCCAUGGUGGAAUUAGGUGGGAUGACCGCUGAUUCAAAGAACUAGUAGAGUCCUCAAGAUUUGCAGGUCAAAGUCUCAUACUUCAUAAAAAAGGAAACAUACCAAGACAGAGGAAGAGACUUACCCGGGCUCACACUGGAAGUUGAGUAUCUGAACCAUGUCUAGAAACAUCCAUUUGGACAGUGUCUAUAUAACAUUGUUCACCACUAAACUGCACUGAACAUGGCAACCAGUUGCUUCUGAUGGACCCUCUGACUUCCCAGCAUCCCUUCUUUGUAAUGCAAGGAAAUAUCUAUUCUCCAUGAAUACAAAAUAUUUCUCUGUAAUUCUUACAAUCUUGUUUCCUUGCAAUAUCUUACCCUCAGCAAUGGUAUACUUAGAGAAUUGAUACAUUUCUUUGGGUGUUCAUCAAAUUCUACUUUUUCUAAAUCAGUGUCUCUAAAAGUGGCAGGAAAUGAUGAGUACAGAAUUGAAUUUAGGCCAGUCAUCAAUUAUAAUGCAAUCUUGCUUUUGUUUUCAUUUUUCUUCCCACUCGCACUGCUUGUUCUUUGUUCCUGCCACCUCCACCAUGAUGAACCACAUAGAAAAUACUUAAGCCACUUAGGAUCUUCCCCUUUUUCUUGACACCUACGUGCCAUCUCCUGGAAGCCAUGUUCCACUACCCUGUUGUCGGCACUUUACUUGAAUUGCACAUGUUCUGGUCAGGUUGAGAGUAGCUGGACUGUUGACACUAGUCACACAGUACAUAGGAGCUAUGAGGCAAUAAAUAAUGACUAAAGUAGGUGCUUAAAUUAUCCCCAUUCCUCUGCAAGUAUUUUGCUGCUGAGUUCCAUUCAUGUCUGCUUUCAGUGUACCCACUUGUGAAAUGCCAUAUUCAAAGACUUAGUAAUGUAAUAGGCCAAGCCCACGCAUCUGAGGUUUGUCCUAUCAUUCUAAUCAUUCAGAGCCCUAGAAAGGGAACUCAUUCUGGGAUUCACCUGGUACCUCCCUUGGAAAUCACUGUAUAUUCCAUUGCUUCUUCCCAUCCUCAUCCCACCUGUUGCCCUCACUAAUGCUGUAUCUACACAUCAAAGUCAAAGGGGCAGAGGAAAGACGAUCAAGAUAAAUCAUUCUAAGACCAAAAUAACACUUUUAUGUGGAAUGAUUGAGAAAGACGAGUACUCAUUUGCAUGCAUUGUUCAGAUGAUUGACCUCUUCACUCUGCUGCCCUGUGAGUACACAGAUACUGCUAAUGUGGUUAGGCUUUGAUAGUUUCACUUCUUGUUUCAAGCCAUAGGAAAAGCAAAUGUGAAGAGGCAUUUCUUUGGUGUCAUCAUUUUGUGUGGUCCAUGAAGAUGCUUAUGUGUUUUUGCUGGUUUGUGUCUAGCAAUGUUCAGCUGCAUAUUAUGCGAUGAAAACCCAGUGUCUUUAGGCUUCACAUUACUAAUAAUGAGGUUUAAAGUCAUCAUGUGUAGGGUUGGCAUCAGUUAAUAUUUAGCCAGCUGGCUAAGAUGGGAAAGGAAUAAGGUAUUUCUUUUCUUAUAUAAUAAUGAAAAGCAAUAAUUACAAGUACGUAAUAAUACACAAAGGCCAUAAUUAGUCUCUUCCAAUGUUUAAGAUGCACUAGAGAAUUAUACAGUCAUUUGGAGUGUGUUUGGACCCAUUAGUAUGUACUAUAGCAAACCUUUCAACAAACAAAUCCCUGAAUUGCUACUAUUUAACAAUUUUAUGAGCCCAUACUACUGCAUUUCGGGAGUGACAAAUGUGUUUGGAAAUGGAGGCUGUUCUUUUUAAGCACUGUAUCAGAGAUUGUCUUGUACAUUUACCUGUUGCAAACAGGCUGGUUUGUAAAAGAUGUAUGUUUUGGUGUUUAAAAUGUUUAUAAAACUGUAUAUAAAUGGUUUCAAUUUUCCAGGCUUUUGUAGAUAUUGUAUUUGAUGCCUAUCAGGAUGCUUUAAUUUGGAGGGUCGAAUAUAAUUCUAAGUCAUCCAUGCUGUUGGUCUCCAAACAUUUGAGGUAACUACAAACACACACACAAAAGGAUUUUAGAUUUGAAAAUGAUGUUUGUUAAUCAUUUCAAAAUGUACUGUACCUUUUCUUUGGUUCUAUUAUUUUCAUUUAACUCUCUUUGUUUUUAAGAAAACAUGUUUAUUGACAUUAUUUUAGGAUGAAAGUGUUUUCCCCAUUAUUAAGUACCUGAUUGUUGUACCAUUUCGAGAGUCAGAAUGAAGUCCGUUCUUUCCUCACAUGCACGCACACUCACCCAAACUUGCACAUACAACACACCAAACCUUAUGCAAAAGGGAAAGCUGACACUUGAAGUGAAACUUGUCCCUAAUGGAAAUAGAUUGUUCCUGCAUAUAUUGCUGUUGGCAGUAUUGUCUUGUGUUCUUAAAAAAAAAAGAAAAAAAAAUCAAAACAGAAAA